UGAUUUUGCAUUUCCGGGGAGAGAACUGUAUGUAAAUAAUAUAGUUCUCUCCCCUGUCAGCUCCUGCACACUGCUUUGUAUGGCUGUGCAUAGCACAGCCACACAAAGCAGUGUGCUUACAGUUGAAAGCACUAACACAACACACAGUAAAACAGCGCACAGCACACAGUUACCCUUUGAUGAUAACCCCUUCCUGCCCAGUGCCAUUUAUUACAGUGUCAGUGCUUUUUAUUAGCACUGAUCACUGUAUUGGUGUCACACUGGGGAUGUCAGUGACACCAUCUCAGUUACCCCCAGUGUAAAAAUGCCCACCGCAGUCCCGCUAUAA